UACUAUAGAUAUCGUGUCUCCAGUCACACAAGAUCGUUUUGUUCGUACGAGUGACACCUCAUCGUUUAGAAUCACUCGGGGGUAUAUUUUCAUCCUUAUUUUCUGAGGUUUUCAACAUGAAGAUUCUUUUCCUUUUGGCUUUCCUUGCUGCAACAGCAAAUGCUCACAUGAAUGAGCAAAGGUUUGCUCCAGGCGUGCCCCCACCACAGCAGCAGCAACAACACCAUCAACAGCAACCUCCCCAGCAACAACAACAGUAUCAGCAGCAACCUCCACAACAACAGCAACAACAGUAUCAGCAGCCACCACAACAGGAACAGCAGCAAGUUAAUCAGAUGAAUCAGCAACAGGUGCCCCCUCCACAGGGAGGUGCACAGCCUGUCCAUGGUGGACACGGCCAUGGCCAUGGGGACACAAUGAAGUUCAGCUCUGACAUCCAUAAUGCAGAGCAUGUGAUGGAACAUCUUGAGAAUGUUAUUGAAACCAAACCCAAAGACCAGAUGACUGAAGAAGAACUCGAGUUCCAUUACUUUAAGAUGCACGACUACGAUAACAAUAACAAGUUGGAUGGAGUAGAGAUCGGCAAGGCCCUUACACACUACCAUGCAGAUCAGAAACAAAAGAGAGAUUCAUCUUAUUUUGGGAAACAAUCACACAAUGAAGAACAGAGCAGCAAGGACAGUUCAGCACCUCCACCAGAAGUGAAAGUCUUCACUGAUGAUGAAAUUUCCAAUAUCGUUGAUGUUGUUCUGAAAGAAAAUGAUAUGAAUGGGGAUGGGUACAUUGAGUAUGCAGAGUUUAAACGUGCCCAAGAUAAGGAAAAGCAGAAGCCCCCACCACCCACACAACCUCCACAGCAGUAAUCAGCAGUUGGACGGCCAUCUUUGUUACAAAUACUGUUUGAGUUCCACACAGUUUCUUGGAAAGACUUUGUGUUUUCUGGAUGAACCAGCUUCAAAUGUAAUUUAUACAAUGUUGAUUUCAUUAUUUCAGUUCAAAAGCAGUAACAGCAUCUGAAGUGUUCAAAAUAUUUUUGACUUAGGUGGAAGGAUUUCAACUGACCAGACUUGUUUGAAUAUUUGGUGUAUUGUUUGUAUGUUGUACUUGAUUGUAGGAAGAUUUGGUAGAUAUGCCAAUGAUUGUGAAGGUUAUAUUUGGUAGAGGUAUGUACCACACCUAAUGCCAAACUAAUGAAUAUUGAAUUUGAAAGAUUGUUUGAUUGUUAAAGAAAGUCAAUCCUGGAAUAAUGCUGAUGUAGAGAAGUUCCCCGGAACUGAUGAAGUGUAAUGAUCAGUAAAAUAUUUUUGAUAAAUGAUUCAAGCUUGGACGCAUUGGUUGAACAGAAUAUCAUAAGUUUCAUCAAGCAUGCAUUACUUCAAAUACAUUGGUCACUCUUGAGAUAUAUUUAUUUUUAAGAAGUUGUGGAACUUUUUCAUUAGGGAAAUAUUUGACAUAUUUUCUUCUGUGGUUUUGGGAAAUCAUCUAUAUGUGGGAACUAUUAAGUUUAAUAUGUUAUAUGUUGCGCCCUAUCACACUUUAUGUAAUAAUGGUCAUGAAUAGUUUAAUAUUUGUAUAAGUAGUACUUUCAGAACUGUCUUUUCAUCAAUAAAUUGUGACUGAAGGUGAUUAUUUGAAAUGAACACUUGGCAUUAUCAGUGAUUGUACGUGAUCCUUUCAUAAACUUUUCACCACUAUUUAGUGUUUUAAGCCCAGUGGAAUCAGUUUUGGCAUGGAAUUGAGAUGGAUUGUUCUCUGGUAUUGAGGUUUUGUAUUUACUCUCAGCUUUUCAUGGAAUUAUUGCCAUAUUUGUUAUUUACCAUUUCAAUGUUUGAUCAAGAAAAUCCAAUUAGUUCCAGUGCUGUCGUCUGCAUUGCAUCUUUGCUGAAAUUAACUUUUCAA